AUGUGCGGCUUUCCCGCACCUUCGGCAUCGCAAUACGAAGCGCAGCUCCUUGGUGGGCUUUUGGUUAUUCUGGUGGCGAGCCUAGUGCCUAAGAGUUUAAGUGCCCCCCAGGAUACGGUGAAGGGUGCCAUCACCUUCUCCGACAGACCACGACCCUCUCGACACUUUGCUGAAUACGAUAGCCACGACAUCACUUCGUCCUUCAAUCGGUCGCAACAUCCGGUCAACAAGACAAACCACCCCCUCGAAGGCAUGCUGCCAUCCGGCAGCUCCAAACGACACUUAGAUGCUCUUAAUUCUGGCAUCAUUUCCUCUUCGAUCGCCCAGACAGACUUCGUCGACCGCUUUGGCAACGGAACUCUAGCAGACAAUACGGCUGGCGGAAUCGUAUCAUCCUUUACAGGCGGCGCCAUAGUCUCAUCGCUCUUCCUCAAUGUGCUCUCUGACAAGUACGGUCGACGUGCCGCCAUCUUCAUCGGGGCCCUGUUAGCCUGCUUAGGUGGCGCACUGCAGGGUGGUGCGAACAGCGUCGCGACUGUCAUCGUCGGUCGAGUCAUCGCUGGUCUGGCCGUCGGGCUGCUAUCGGCCACGAUACCAAACUACUGUUCCGAGGUCGCACACCCGAAGUAUCGGGCCCUCCUUGCUGGGCUACAACAAUGGAAUAUCGGACUUGGGUUUGUUUGUGCUCAAUGGAUCGGCUAUGGGAGCUCAUUAGUCCACGGCCCCUUCAGCUGGAGAUUUCCACUCUCAUUUCAGGUGCUACCGGCGUUGGUUCUCGCGGCAGGAAUCUGGUUCUUGCCUGAGAGUCCUCGAUUCCUCGCCGAGCGCGGACACACGGCUUAUGCUCACGCAGUUCUGAGAAGACUUCACCGAAGUCAAGAUCUUGUCGAAACCGAGUAUAAACGUAUCCAGGACAAUCUUGAAGCGGAGCACAAGUCUCGCAUGCGGUGGUUGGACAUGUUUCGAGAACCACGCCUCCGGCGCCGAGUGUUGCUGGCCUGCGGGAUACAGCUUUUCACCAUAACAUCAGGGAUCAACGUCAUCAACUAUUACGGACCUCGUAUCUACAGUUAUCUUCACUUCAGUACGACUAGGUCUCUAAUGAUUAUUGGAAUAUAUGGUGCCCUUGCCCAGGUCUACAAUACCAUCUGCAUCGCAUUUGUGGACAGGGUAGGACGCAGAAAACUUCUUAUUCCAUCCAUGAUUGGCAUGGGAGCAGCGCUAUGCGUCAAUGCGACACUUUCGCAUUUCUACAUCGCCGGAAAAGCAGACCACGGUCGCAAUGAGAACGCUCUGCGCGCUUGCGUGGCCAUGUAUUUUGUCUUCUCAGUGUUUUUCACCAGUCUUGGGUGCAUCUCCUGGAUUUUCAGCAGCGAAAUAUUCCCGACAGCAAUCCGGGCCAAAGGCACCUCAUUGUCCACGUUCACCAACUGGGCCGUGAACCUGAUAUUUGCACAGUGCUCGCCCAUUGCGCUUUCGAGGAUGGGUUACCGGUACUUUUACAUCUUCACUGCCUUCAACUGGAUCGCUGCAGCCGUGGUUUACUUCUUCUAUCCCGAGACACAAGGGCAUACUUUGGAGACCGUGAAUGAACUGUUCGGUGAUCUACAGCUCCAAAAUUCCGCUGACCCGCCUGAGAACAUCAUCCUUAGCGCUGUGAAUGAGGACAAAAUUGUCGUGGAAGAACAAGCGGCAGAGACCACCAGAUCUGCCCUGAACGUUGGUGAGGGCGGUUCAGGCGACAUUGGACGCCACCUCCGCAGACAGCAAAUUGAUUCUGCCUGA